AUGUUUCCCUUAGUUUUCGUCUCAAUUCAUCAGCACUUCCGUACUCACCCACAGCCUCCUAGACUCAUGUUCGCCAAUCUGGACGAGGAGAAGAAGGCGCGAUUGAGAGAAAGAAUUCUUCAAGCCGCUGCCGCGCCUCCCCCAGCCCCUGCACCAGCAAAGUCUAACAGCGACAGUGACGAUGAACAAGAAGUGCCACUGCAGCACAACGAGAGCAUGAAGCACGCAUCGGAGCAACUAACAAUUAAUGCUAAAAGCACCGAGGUGGAAAUUGCCAAUAUUCGACUCUUCACUCUCGACGAGCUCGACCUUAAUCAGCUCACCGAGUGUAAGAUUCUCUCUCUGCGCAAAAACCUCAUUCAUGAGCUCUCUGCUUUUCCGCAGCACUUGGCCGGGCGGCUUACUGAACUAGAUCUGUUUGACAACAAGAUCAGGAAGGUGCGGGACUUUUUCGACUCAGCAAUGGUACCAGACCCCGAAAGUGGAUCUCUUUUGAAGCAGUCGGUUCCACAAGCAUUCUACUCUCUCACCAAGCUUGAUUUGAGUUACAAUCAACUACGCAGAAUAACGGGCUUAGGUUCGUUAGGCUCGACACUUAAGGAGCUCUAUCUGGUUGAAAACAAAAUCAAAGUGAUCGAAGGGCUCGACAGCUUCGUUCAUCUGGAGCUUCUCGAACUCGGUGGCAACCGCAUUCGUGAAAUUGGAUCUGGGUUGGCUAACCUGCGGUCCUUACAGAGUCUGUGGCUCGGCAAAAACAAGAUCCAUAGUAUUGGUGACUCCCUCCACAGCCUUCGCGAGCUGCAGAAACUUAGCCUUCAGGCAAAUCGGUUGACCUCCAUUACAGAAGAAGCAUUCAAGGAAGGCUGCAACCCACAUCUCGUGGAGCUUUAUCUGUCAGAAAACGGCAUUAGCACCAUCGAGAACCUGCCCCUGCACUCCCUUCACCUGCUGGAUCUCAGCUUCAAUCCCAUAGCUACAAUCAACGAAACUGUCAUAAACCCCACCAAUAUGCCUGAACUGGAAGAGUUUUGGUUGACUGACGGAAACAUCAACGACUGGGGAGAGGUCAAAAAGUUCUGCGGGUUUGCUAAUACGCUCCGCACCAUUUACGUGGAGCGCAACCCUAUCGAGCAAGAUAAGCGCUAUCGGGAUAAGGUUUAUAUGAACCUGCCAUUUGUGACCCAGAUUGACUCGUGGCCAGUUCUCAACAAAAACAACCUGGAGGCCGAUCGCUUGAUUCAACGAAGAGCAUCGUAG